AUGACGCUUGCAGUAAUCGACGUGGUUAAUUGCUUCAGUCAACGUCGACGUUACAGUUUUGACUCAAGUUGGAGCUAUGGUUAUGACCAACCAUCGAGGAAGAGAACAAACACUAUUGAUGGAGUGUCAUAUAGGAGAUAUGACGUAAAGUAUCCCGAAAAGAUGACACGAUUUUGGCAUGGCGACACAACAUCAUGGAAACGCCCAGUAGCACCAGAAGUACGUCGACGACUUAGUCGUAGUUGCGGACAUUUGCACGACAUAACGAUGAACCCGCGAUCACGUCGUUUCCGCAAACGACCAACGAAGCAGGAGCUAUCAAGGGAAAGGGCAACAGAUGUCAUCCACAAGGACACAUGCGAAACGCUGGAUCGUCGAGGGAAGCCUUUGGCGGCUUCCGCUUACAACUUGACAUCGUCUCAAGCCAUUGCUAUCGAUGGACCGAUCGAGCACAAUGAGGCUGGAUCUCAUUUGGCGCCACUCACAAUGAGACGAUCUUGUCAUGACAUUUCGACACCACGAACAUCCAGUGAUAAAGCUACCGAGGCAAACAUCGACUUCACUACCACAGGACCACAACGGAUAGCGAAUUUCUUCUCACGACCAUUCAGAGGAAUCCCUCUGAAGAGAACAAAAAGCGUCAGUAAACUCGAAAAAGUUGUGCAACCGUACACCCUAAGUCGUGUGGAUUCGCAACGAUCACAGGAGAACCUGUUGGUUGGCGGCGGCGGUGGUGGCGGUGGCGGCAGUGGAGUGGCUGGACGACCGUCAACUGCAUCGUCGUCGGCGCUGCUCUCAAAGACGGCACUCAGAUCUAGUCGAUCGCACGAAAGUCUUCUCAACUACAAUACUACCACAUCCUGUGUGAUCGACCUAGGCGAGGACGCGAGAUUACAUCCAGUGCAUCCGUCAGUGCUGGACGUGCCGAACUGCUUCCGAGUGGAGAACACCUACUACGCGUGUCGUACACCACUGGAGCGCGCGAAAUGGAUAGAGAAUUUACGCCGUACAAUGAAUCCCCGGCGUGACGCGCAACGUCGUGUCGAGAACGCUCUACAGCUAUGGGUUCUUGAGGCAAAAGGAGUACCUGCUAAGAGGAGGUACUACUGCGAGUUGUGCUUGGAUAAGACGUUGUAUGCUAGAACGUCAUCAAAACCGCUCAUUGACAAUGUCUUCUGGGGAGAGCACUUCGAUUUCACAAUGCUGCAGAAGAUGGACGAAGUGUGCAUUAAUCUCUACCGCGAAGGUGAUCCAAAGAAGAAGAAAGAGCGAUCCACCUUAAUUGGAUACAUAUUGAUCGCCAUUGAACAACUCAGCAGCAGACACCCCGUCGAGCGAUGGUAUACGGUAACGACAACGAAUGAAAGUGGCAAUCGGUUAGCAUCAGCACUGAGCACAAAAAGUGCAAAUCAGGAGCAACCUGCUGUUCGUAUAAAGGCUCGAUGGCAAAGUAUCGGCAUCCUUCCGUUGCGUGCUUAUGAUGAUUUCCUCCACUACCUCUCUUGCAACUAUCUCCCACUCUGCAAUCACCUUGAACCGGUUCUCACGGUCAGAGCAAAGGAAGAUCUUGCUACUGCGCUCGUACGAGUUCUGCACAAACAAAAACUCGCUAAUGAUUUCCUUUGUGAAUUGGUCAUGUCAGAAGUGGACUCCCUCGAUAAUGACCACUUGAUGUUUCGUGGAAACUCGUUGGCAACAAAGGCCAUGGAGGCAUAUAUGAAACUCAUUGCAGACGAAUACUUACAAACGGUCCUAGGAGACUUCGUGCAGAACGUGCUGUCCUCCAAUGACUCGUGCGAGGUCGAUCCACUAAAACUGAACGGAGCUUCGACAUCAACCUUAGAGAAAAACCGAAUACAUCUAACAAGAAUGGUCGAGCACGCUUGGGAUAAGAUCAUCGGAAGCACCGCGGCUUUCCCCAUGGAGCUACGAAUGGUAUUCGGAUCGCUUCGUGAACGACUAGAACGGCAAGGGCGCAGCUCGCUCGCUGAUACCUUGAUUUCCUCAUCGAUAUUUCUGCGAUAUCUCUGUCCUGCAAUUCUUAGCCCAAGCCUAUUCAAUCUGGUGACCGAGUAUCCCAGUGGUACAACAGCUAGAAAUCUGACUCUCAUUGCUAAAACGCUGCAGAAUCUGGCGAACUUCACAAAAUUUGGCGGUAAAGAGCAUUAUAUGGAGUUCAUGAACAAUUUCGUUGAAAGAGAAUGGCAGCGCAUGAAAGAUUUCCUGCGUCGAAUAUCCACGGGACAAUCGCUGCGACCACCAACAGAGGUGAUCAUCGAUGUUGGAAAGGAUCUGAGUCUUCUGAACACCUAUCUGGAGGAGGCCUGGACUCCGGAAGUGCAUGAAAGAGCGAGAAUCAGCGAUAAACGGCUGGCCGAGCUUCGCGAUAUUCUGAUGGAUCUUCAUGAGCAUCAUCGACGAAGUGCCGGAGCUAAUGGGAUCUUGCAUUCGCCGAUGCAUCAGCAGAACAGCAGUGACUAUGAAAAUAGCCCACAGCAGAUCUUGAGACCUCGAAAUGAAAAUGUACCUGCCUAUCGUUCAACACCGCCUACGGGUCAAGCCACGGUACUGAGCCGAAGUCGUCCUGCACCACACCUAUACACCAACGAUGACUAUGUUUUGAGCACUGCCUUUCAAGGUUCUGGCCGACAACUGACGAGGAUGAGUGAUGAGACUGGCACAUCAAGUAGUCAUGUUAGUGAAAAGACGUCAAGCAGUGGAGAUGCGAGGGAUACCGACAGCGAAACAGAGACCGUAGGGCUACUUUCGGAACGAACCCGUGCUCGGAAGGCACGUCGUCGUUGCGAUGAUUCCCCUCCAGGCAGUCAGCCCCCGUCAAGUGGCUAUCACAGCAAUAACCAAAGCAGCAACUCGUCGUCCUCGUCGCCUAUCGAUAGGACAACAGCUUUAUCGAUCUCAAAUCCAGCUUUCAAUGCUAGCUCAUCAAUGUACAGCAGUUCCGGAUUUCCAGACAUUCAUCCCGGUCCAUCGGGGAUCGGCUACCGAAGAUCAAGCCCUCCACCGUACCAUUCCGAAAUACAUAAUAGCUACAUCCACCAACCUGUUUACGCCUUACCACCCGACUGUGAUUCGCAACAUAGUAGCUUGAGCGGAAAAACUAGCCUACCGAGGACGAAUCCAAGGGCCACGCGAAACUCGAUCAUGCUGCGGCCGACAGUCAUAGAUGUGGUUCCGGACGAUUGGGACAGAUCAACGGGUGCUCGUGAAAAGAACUGGAAUGGCUUGGCCUACGACCAGCAGCAACAUUUGGAGAUAAUUGAACAGCAAAAGCGCAAAAUUGAACGAUUGAUCCGAGAAAACGAGAUGCUGAAGCGGCAAAUGGCUGCUACUUGUCCAUCCUUGUUGCAGGGCAAAGGCGAGCGUCACAGUGAUGCAUCCGCUGAAAGUUUCGACUCGCUUGGAUCGGAAGGAUUGCGGAAUGCAUUCAGACUUAGUUACGCUUCUUUGCAAGUCAUAACAGAAAAUUUGGGAACGCCCUUAUUUGCGAAAUCUUCUGUCGAGGAAAGCACUGCUCAGACAUCGGCCGUUGACAACAUCUCGCAAUCGAUUGACUCAACUAUACUGGUGAGGCUUUUGCGAUUUUAUCGAUGUACCGGAAAGUUGCUGGGCAAUAACGGGAGGAAAAUAUUCUGGUGUCCAGAUGGCCAAGGUAAUCUACCCUAUUGCCCCUCACCCUCCGAUCCCGACGACCACGUCUACUGUUGCCAGUUCUUCACCUUCGGUGGCGACACAUACCCAAGCUGCUGUCGAUUCCCGAUGUACACAGGAAUCGUCUACACUCUCAUAAUUUCCGCAGUAAUACUGUUUUUAUUACUAUUGUUUUUAUAUUGCUGGUUCUGGCCGACCAGCCUACUGAACGAGAGGAGGAUGAGGCAAAAACGCAUUAAUCGGCCAAAUGGCUUCUCUAGAGUAAAUGACUCGUCAUUGUAGCCAGACUAUCACACUCCUUUUUCUUGUUCAUUCACGUCUUUAUUUUUUGUUCGUGCAAUUUACGGAUUAUGUAUCCUACUUGUUCCAUAUCUCACCUCAUUAUGUGUUUUUGGAUGAUAUG